AUGAUUAAUGCUCUGAUUGAGAGAUGGCGGCCCGAGACUCAUACUUUUCAUUUUCCAGUUGGUGAGUGUGUCGUGACCUUGGAAGAUGUGACGGUAAUUCUCGGUCUGCCAACAAAUGGUCUUCCGGUUACAGGUCCGACCAUGAGUAGCUUUGAGGCAUUGGAAGCCGAGUGCUUGCACCAAUUUGGAAUUGCACCCAGCAAAAGUGACUGUAGAGGGAGCUUUAUAAAAUUAACGUGGUUUAGGGGUGUGAGAGAUCGUAUAGUGUUGAAUGAUGAUGUGCACAUGCAGAUGUAUGUAAAGUGUCACAUAAUGUUGUUAUUUGGGAAAGUUCUGUUUGCAGAUAAAUCGGGUGCAGGGGUGCACUGGAAAUUUUUACCUUUGCUCCGCAAUUUCGGUGGGAUCAUACAGUUUAGUUGGGGUUCGGCAUGCCUGGCACACUUGUAUAGAUCAUUGUGUAGGGCAACUCGUGUCGACUGCAAGGAGAUGGACGGUCCACUGACACUGUUGGUCAGUUGGGCUUGGAUCCGGCUACCAUUUCUAGCGCCGAUUCCUGGCAAUCCCCGAGUGUUUCCAAUUGCAAACAGGUGGCAUAACUGGGACCGUCAAAACUAUGCCUACCGAUAUAAAACGCUUGCCCACUACAGGAGGUUGUUGGAUGAUCUAGAAGAAGGACAGCUUCGAAUGGUCUUGAGAAAUAGUAGACCUGGUACAAGUAUGACUUCCAUUGUACCUCCUUAUCUCCCAACAGUACUUCUUCUGCAUUUUGGUUACCCUGAUCAACCAGUCACAACCAUUCCCAUAUUCUAUACAUUUGCCAUAGAAUGUCGUCGGUUCCGACUCAUAUACCCGAUAGUCCACACCUCUCCGGAUGGUAUAAUCUUUCAUUGCCUUGAUUACUGCCUCCCUUGA